GUGAGAAGAAUGAAGGUUGGUAUCUGUGGUGGGGGCAGAACGGUUUAGCAGGAGCUAGCAGAACGGAAAGGCCGAGCGAUGCUAAGUUCCUGUCCGUGUGCCUGUCAGCCCUGUCCGGUCCUCUCAGUGCCCACGGUGUCCACUACGUGUCUUGCGAGAGCACAAUGGCGUCUCUUCUGAAGUUGCGCACAGGCGCCAGUAUGCCUGCCAUUGGGUUUGGAACCUGGCAAGCCUCAGAUUCAGAGCUGGAAGCUGCUCUGGAUGCAGCUUUGGAAGCAGGCUACAGGCACAUUGAUACAGCAUAUGUGUAUGAGAACGAGGCAGCUAUUGGCAGAGUACUGGCAAAAUGGCUCAACUCAGGCAAGGUUCAGCGGGAAGAUCUAUUCAUAGUUACAAAGCUACCUCCUACUGGAAACCAUCCUGACAGAGUUGAAAAAUACUUGAAGCGUUCAUUAGACAAACUUGGCUUGGAUUAUGUAGAUAUAUAUUUGGUGCAUGUACCAUUUGGUUUUCUGGAAAAAGAUGAAGAAAUCCACCCACUGGACGCUGAUGGAAACAUUCUCUUGGAUAAAUCCACAAAUCAUGUAGAUAUUUGGAAGGCAAUGGAAGUGCAGGUAGAUGCUGGGCGCACAAAGGCUAUUGGGCUCUCUAAUUUCAAUAUCUCACAAAUAAAGAGAGUAUUGCAGUCUGCUCACAUUCCUCCUGCAAACUUACAAGUAGAAUUGCAUGUCCUUUGCCAGCAGCGAGAAUUGGUUGACUUCUGCAAAGAACACGAUAUUAUAGUCUGUGCAUAUUCACCACUUGGGUCUCGUGGCACAGCACAACUAUAUAAGGCAGUUGGAAUAAGCAAAGAUUUUCCGGACCUGAUGAAUAAUUCCACAGUACUGGAGAUAGCAAAGCAACAUGCAAAGACACCUGCCCAAAUCUUGCUUCGUCACAUUGUGCAACGCGGCAUGGCUGCCAUCCCUAAAAGUACUAAUUCAGAGCGGAUUCGUCAGAAUUUGCAAGUACAUGAUUUUGAGCUAAGCAGUGAGGAUAUGGCAUCAUUGGACAAACUUGAUCAGGGAUCAGCUGGAAGGAUACUUGACUUUGGAUUUUUCAAAGGGAUCAAGAACCACCCUGAGUAUCCAUUCCAGCAGUAAAUGUGCGUGCUUGACUCCAUUUUUUCUUCUUCUUCUCUUCCUUUUCAAUUUUUGAAUGCACCUCUGUAAUGCGGUGACUCAGAAUAAACAAUUUUGCUUUGCAA